AUGGGGAAGGAAGUCACCCUUCCUUUUCCUGCCCUUUUUAAAGGGAAGAAGGAGAAGCUACAGAGGCGCAGGGUUGGUUCUGAUAACCGAGGAAAAGAUGAACGAGGAAACCGUAGAGAACUUGAGAAUCGAGUGAAUGGUGUUGAAAGAUAUGAUAGGUCUGAGAACCAGCAGUCAAUGGACUUCCAGUCCAGCAAUGAUGGUCCAGUUGGAGGCAAUCAAGACGAACCAAUGUUUGACACUUUUGGUGGGCAAGGGAUGCAUGUUACUCCUUUUGCGUCAGAUAUACCCCCUCCUUUACUGAUGCCUGUUCCUGGUGCUGGUCCAUUGGGGCCUUUUGUUCCUGCUCCUCCUGAAGUUGCAAUGCGGAUGUUGAGAGAGCAGGGUGGACCUUCUCCGUUCGAAGGCAGUGGUAGACAUGGACGGUCAGGGUCCCAGUUAAGUGGGCCAGCUCCAAUAAUUGCCUUACCUCCGGCCUUCCAACAGGAUCCUCGACGUCUACGAAGGCAAGUUUUGCUCUUGACCCAAAAAGAGUUGACAUAUGAGAAUUUCUUUGGGCUUCUUUAUUGUUUAUUUACAUUUUUUUUUGUUUUUAAGUUGCUACUCGAGUUAAGCUGCUAAAAUUAAUUACAAGAGUGAUUGACUCUGUCCUACAGUUAAGGGUACCAUAAAAUAGAGUACUGGCUGGCUUACAGUUUAUAUUUUUUUCUUUUACCAUGGUUCGUCUUUCCUUUUGCAUGAAAAUUGCUCUUGGUGGUGUAAAGGACACCACGCAAAUGGCCUCAAAUUGAGAGGUAAUUAAGUGCAUAUGAUAUCCAGGUCAGUAUUUGACUCUCGUAAAGAUAGUAAGAAACACAUAAAACUUUGGAUGAGCUUGUAUUUGCUUUGAUUAGAAUUUGUCUACUGUUUAGGGCGUCCCAGGGAGAACUGUAUCCUUUUUAACGAACUACAACUAAACUGUUUGUUAUCAAGACCUUGAUGCACCAGAGGAUGAAGUCACUGUUAUAGAUUACAGGAGCUUGUAGAUUUUGACAUGGGGACAUUGGAAGGCAUGAAAUUUAUAUGGAAUGCUUAUUUCGUGCUUGUACCAAAAUCUGAGAAGUGAGAUACCAGCCUUUUCCUGCUCUGGAUCUGAUUCGUUUCUGCUGUUGGUAACGCUUCCUUCUGAUAUUUAUGUGCAUGGCAUGUGUUGGGAUGCAAACUUGGCUGAUAAUUUUUUUCCCUCCCACUACUACCUAUGGCAACUUGAUGAGAAGAAACGCUGUCUAUGCAUUUGAGGUGGGGAAUUUAGACAUCAAUUGAAAUGUAGUGCUGUGAAAAUUGACUUUUUUGGAGAUUAGUUUGAGACAUGUAUUUGACUCCUUGAAGCUUGCUGUAAUUUAUGUAAGCAAGAGGAGAUGUACAUUAUGUAUUUUGGAUGAUUGGAAUGACGGUACUGCCAUGGGUCAAUAUAAAAAGCAAGGCAGAAGCUAUGAAUCUUGGUUUAUUUUCCAACUUUCCAUUGGGCCAGACAAAGGAGAUCCUUUACUUUUUGAGUAUGGAAAUUUGAAUGCCGACCCCUUUAUAUGAACUAGU